AUGAAAUCAUCCGUCCUUGCAAUAUACAUACAUAAAAAAAAAAACCCCAAACCCAGCAGCAGCUCCUCUUGAUCUGACAAAAUAUAUAUUCUGAUGAUGAUGAUUCACAUCUACCCUUAAUCCCUGCAUCCAAACAUCCCCUCUAAUUCAAAUCCAUACUUUACCUUCAAUCACUUUCAAUUCUUGCUUACGUCUCACUUCCUUAGAUUUCCGAUCUAUUUAUUUAUAUCUAUAAAAUUAGGGUUAGGGUUAGGGUUAGGGUUAGUUUUUUUUUUUUAAUUCGUAUUAUUUGUAACAAGCUGUAUUCAAUUCAUAAUGAAAUUUCAAAUACCUAUAUAAUUAUACCUGUCAAUUGUAUACAAUAGAAUAUAUUUUGUUUCUUGCAAUUUUGUAAUUUUAAUUUUUGUAAAAUUUUGUAAUGGAGAUGGACAAUCCUCGAGGAAGAUCGUUCGAUAAUAGAUCGGCUAGAAACCCUAAGAAACCUCGAUUGAUAACGGAGGAAACGCCGGCCGUGAUUCGAAGUAAUAAUAAUAGUUUGAAUGGGAACGGCAGGCCGCCGGUGGCUCAGCGGCAGCCUGUGGUAGGGUUUAGACAGGAUGCGGCGGUGGACAGAGACGGAGAGGGAGGUUACGAGCCGCAGUCGUUGUUGCAGAUCAAACAACAGCAGUAUCAAGAGUUAGUGAGCCAGUAUAGGGCAGCUCUAGCUGAGUUGACUUUUAACUCGAAACCGAUUAUAACUAACUUGACUAUCAUUGCUGGAGAGAAUGUGCAGGCUGCUAAAGCUAUUGCUACUACUAUCUGCAAUAAUAUUGUUGAGGUUCCUAGUGAUCAAAAGUUGCCAUCACUAUAUCUUCUAGACAGUAUUGUGAAAAACAUUGGACGUGAUUACAUCAGACACUUUUCCACCAAGCUCCCUGAGGUAUUCUGCAAAGCCUAUAGGCAGGUUGAUUCUACAAUACAUUCGGGUAUGCGACAUCUAUUUGGGACAUGGAAAGGAGUAUUUCCCCCUCAAACACUUCAAUCGAUAGAGAAAGAACUCGGUUUCCAGUCAGUUGGGAAUGGGUCCACUUCAGGGUUGACCACUUCUAGACCUGAUUCACAGCCUCAGCGUCCUGCUGGCAGUAUCCAUGUGAAUCCUAAGUAUUUGGAGGCCAGACAGAAACUCCAGCAGUCAACCAGGGAAAAAGUUGCAGCCAGUGACAUAACCACGAACUUGAUUAAAUCACCUGAAGAUGUCGUGAGACUGAAUCGAACAGCUGGCAUAAAUCCUCAGAGGGCACGUGCUGAUCCUCGGCUUAAAUUUCAUCAGGCACAGAGAGAUGCAGAGAGUGAUCUUACUAACGAGAACAGUGGUGCAUCAUAUAACAGUUUCGAUUUUGGACCUGAUAUAUCAAGUGAAAGGGUGACGGAGCAUAGUACAGAGAUAAUACCCAGGCUGAAAAGAAAUUCUUUUGAUGUAAAGCAAGGACUGCCAAAUUAUCUGGGUCCUAGAACUGCAGUUCCUGAUGCAAGAUUACAGUCUGUGAGUAAAGGAGGUGCUGAAAUAAGUAGGAGCUGGAAGAACUCAGAGGAAGAGGAGUACAUGUGGGAUGACGUGAGCUCCAAGAGAGACCCUAGGUUGUAUUUUGAGCCUGCAGGACCUGUAACUAAAACCACAACACCAUCUAGUCAGCCACCACCUCGCCAGCCUCCUCACUCACAGUACCAGUCUGGUAGGUUACUGCGUGAGUUAGCCGAUCAAGGUUCAAUAGAUGUGGAUGGUAAAACAGCUCGAUUCCGAACUCAAAUAAACACUGGUCUUUCUAGUCAAUCGCAUCAAGAUUCUCUCCUCAUGAAACCUCAGAAUUUGCAAUCGGGCAACCCUCGAAACUCACAACUUAACAAUUUGCAGCCACUCUCACCUCAGUUACCAGUGAAACGUGUUCGGUAUCUGCCACCUUAUCAACCUGAAUCAGUAUCCGAGCCCGUUUCUGCAAGUCCUUCUGUUAGCUCCUCACUGGCCCACCCAAAAUCUUUGGUUACAGAUAUACCAGGACCGCCAAACUCCAGUAGUUUGUUAGCUGCUGUUAGUAGCAUAUUUGGUAACAAACCUGUUUCAUCAACACUUAGUUCAACAGUCACGAAUCCUGUGUCAAAUCCCGUGUCAAACCCUGUGUCCAGUCUAUUGAGUACAUUGGUUGCUAAAGGCUUAAUUUCUGCAUCUCAUGAUGAUUCAAAGAUACAGAGCCAAAGUGAUGAUUCGAAGAAACAAAGCCAAAGUGAUGAUUCAAAGAAACAAAGCCAAAGUGGUGAUUCAAAGAAACAGAGCCAAAGUAAUGAUACAAAGAAACAGAGUCAAAGUGAUUUCACUGUAUCGUCAGAAGAAAUUCUUCCAAUUGUAGUUUCUCCUGUGAUAUCUACUUCAUCUACCAGCAGUGAGCUAUCUCCCUCCAAGCGUGUCUCUAAAAGUUCUGUCACAAUACCUAAGCCUAUCAAUGAAGAAAUUAAGAGUCUUAUUGGUUUCCAAUUUAAGGCUGAUGUUAUUAGGCAAUUUCAUCCUAUUGUAAUUAGUGAGCUCAUUGAUGAACUUCCACAUCAAUGUAGCAUUUGUGGUUUAAGAUUUAAACUUGAAGAACGAUUCAAUAAGCAUAUGGAAUGGCACAUAUUGAGAAAUUCUGAAUCAGACAUAUCAAGGAGGUGGUUCCCAAGUUGUGAGGACUGGGUUAAUGGUGGGUCAAGUAAUGAGAGCACAUUAGUGAUCGAUGGCGAGCAAAUGGUUACUGCAGAUGAAAGUCAGUUUGUAUGCGUUUUAUGUGGCGAAAUGUUUGAUGAUUAUUACAGUUCAGAAAGGAAUAAAUGGAUGUUUAAGGGAACCACAUACCUUGACAUCACAAAUGGCAAUGCCGCAAGUAUCAACAAUGGUGUUAUCGUGCAUGUAAAUUGUAUAUCAGAACAUUCACUUUCUGAUCUUGGCAUAGCCAAUGAGGUGAAGGUGGAAAAUGGGCUAUGAUGGUUUGAAGUUGCUGAAGCUCAAGAGAAAACCAGCAUUAGAGCAAGCCCAUCACAGGAGGUUAGGGUUUGAUUUUAUGGAGAGGGCUGGAGCCAUAUUGCUGAUGUACAUUGUAUUGUAGUGUUGCGCUUUUGGUUUCUUGUAUGCUACAUCAUUAUGGAUUACAUUAUUGAGCAAUGUCGUACACUAUCCGUUUACUUGUGGACA